CUCUUUAUUCAGAUUGCAGACAUUGGUCGUGAUAGUAGAGCGUUAGUGAUUGGAUUGUUUAGUGGUUGGUUUUCCGUUACGAGAAAGGUGAAUAGUGCGUUCAGUGCAGGUUUUACCAGUUCACGAAUGGAAGGAUUUUCAAAGGAUUAUUUUCAUAUGUGGUUGUAAAGAUGAAUAACGUUAAUUUCGGGCUUCGCAGUUACAAAAUGAAGAUCAGACUUUUUGUAGUUUUGUUAAGUGCUCUUCCAGCAAUCCGUUGUGAUGUUAGUAGUGCAUCUACAGGAAAUGCAUUGAAAGACUUCCCGCCAUAUGUGAAAAUGAUUUUAUGUCCAAUGCAGAGACAGCCAUGGGAAUGUUUUCGAGAACAAUCUGGACGCGUGCUGGAUUUGUUAGAUAAUUCCUACCAGACCAAAUGGAACCAAUUUAAAGAUGAAGUCAACACUGAAAUUGUCGCGAAAUUCCAAUCGAGAGGAUUCAGCGCCAGUGAUAAAGUGAAAGAAAAGACCCAAUCAAUUUUUGAAAAUAUCGAGACAGGAGUUUCGGACAUUAAAGACUUUGCAGAAUCAACUGCCAACGAAUUACUUGGACGUGAAGACGACGAGCAGGACAUUGAAUAUGACUUUGACGAUAGUCUCGAACUUGACAUUGAUGAUGCUGAUGAGAAGAAGAAAGGCGGAGGCAACAAGAUCAAGAAGAAGAAGAAGAAACCCUUUCAAGGUGCUAUUACCUCUCAUGACGAUGAUGAUGGUACUGAUGAUGUAGAAUUAGCAGCAGACUUGCUGGGUGGACUUGGAGGAGGACACGGAAUUAAAUUGCCGCUCAAACAUGGUAGAAGUCUUGGAGUGACCCGAGGAAAGAAAAAGAAGAAGAAGAAGGCUAUCAUGAAGAUUCUAAUGAUUGGAUCCGUAAUCAAAUCUAAGAUUGAAUUAUUACUGAAAUUAUUAUCGGCGCAUCUGCAAAUCAAAUUCUUCGCUAUUUCUGUGAUCGGUUUGCUUCUCAACUUAGUCAGGUUUUGGUUAGAUAUCAAGGGUGGACAUGGACCUCAGAAGGUUAUCUACUACGAACACGCUCAUCACCAGCACCACUAUGACGAGCAUGAUGAUUGGGAUCAUGGCGGUUACUGGAGGCGAUCUAACACACCAUCUAGUGAAUAUGCCACGGAGGGGCUCGAUGAGGAUUCACCCUACUCAAGGGUCGGAAGAAAUGAUUAUUUCCCAUCAUCACCCUCAGCAUCACUACGCUCUUCGCCAUCAUUGACAGAUGCACCGAAUCGCAUGGCGUACGCGAGACAGAUAUCGCCGGGAGUUUGAAUGCAAUAAAGCUGUAAUUUAAAUUAUUAGAAAGUAGAAUGUAUCUUAUUUGAGUUGUCAUGUCUUGAUCCUUUGCGAUCGAUUAGUUUUCGGAAUUUUUCUUCGAAACGUUCAUAGUACAUUGUUAAUCGCUUCUCUUCCAAUGAUUCUGUGAGAAGCGAAAUAAGUUAUUUAUUAUUAUUUAUUGUAUUUAUUAUAAAUGUAAUAAAUUAUGUAAA